UAAGACACCAAGAACCUGGAAGCACCCCAUCCAGACACCGACCAUUGGAAACAGUGACACUACCUCGAGCCAAGAACUGAGACGGUACCUAAAUGCGUUUGCCGAGAAAUCGUGACCUGAGUACCAUCCGCCAACCACAUGUAAAAGUGGAAAAGAGAUAACUGACUCCAUGAAGCUAUCUCCCGGCUUCCAUGCACGCGCAAAUGGUAGCACGCACGCGCGCCCCACAUACACACGACAGACACCCUCCCCUGCCGUCCCGCUCCGGACUCCGACUCCCGGCUCCAGUUGCAGAUUGCAACCUCCGCGGCCGCCGCCGCCGCCCCACCGAUUCCCGCGGGCUGCUCAGGUGGCUGUCGCUUCGAUGUCCUCCUAAUCCAGGGCCCCCCCCCGGGCCAGACUCGGCUGGGACUCCCUUCACCCUCCGCUGGAAUCAUGAGGGCGAUGGGGACGCUGCAGGUGCUGGGCUUCCUUCUCAGCCUGGCCCGGGGUUCCGAGAUGGGCAGCUCUCAGGCAGUGUGUCCUGGGACUCUGAAUGGGCUGAGUGUGACUGGUGAUGCUGAGAACCAGUACCAGACCCUGUACAAGCUGUACGAGAGGUGCGAGGUGGUGAUGGGCAACCUUGAGAUUGUGCUCACGGGACACAACGCCGACCUUUCCUUCCUGCAGUGGAUCCGAGAGGUGACGGGCUACGUCCUCGUGGCCAUGAACGAAUUCUCUACACUACCCUUGCCUAACCUCCGCGUGGUACGGGGAACCCAGGUCUACGAUGGAAAGUUUGCCAUCUUUGUCAUGUUGAAUUAUAACACCAACUCCAGCCACGCUCUGCGCCAGCUCCGCUUCACUCAGCUGACUGAGAUUCUGUCCGGGGGUGUUUAUAUUGAGAAGAACGACAGACUUUGCCAUAUGGACACAAUUGACUGGAAGGACAUCGUGAGGGUCCAAGGGGCUGACAUUGUGGUGAAGAACAAUGGUAGAAACUGUCCACCCUGUCAUGAGGUCUGCAAGGGGCGAUGCUGGGGGCCUGGACCAGAAGACUGCCAGAUAUUGACCAAGACCAUCUGUGCUCCUCAGUGUAACGGUCAUUGCUUUGGGCCCAACCCCAACCAGUGCUGCCAUGACGAGUGUGCAGGGGGCUGCUCGGGACCCCAGGACACAGAUUGCUUUGCCUGCCGACACUUCAAUGACAGUGGAGCUUGUGUGCCCCGGUGUCCGCAGCCUCUUGUGUACAACAAGCUAACGUUCCAGCUGGAACCCAACCCCCACACCAAGUACCAGUACGGAGGCGUCUGUGUUGCCAGCUGUCCCCAUAACUUUGUGGUGGAUCAGACAUCUUGUGUCAGGGCUUGCCCUCCUGACAAGAUGGAAGUAGAUAAAAAUGGACUCAAGAUUUGUGAGCCUUGUGGAGGGUUGUGCCCUAAAGCCUGUGAGGGGACGGGCUCUGGAAGCCGCUUCCAGACUGUGGACUCUAGCAACAUUGAUGGGUUUGUGAACUGCACCAAGAUCCUGGGCAACCUGGACUUCCUUAUCACUGGCCUCAACGGAGACCCCUGGCACAAGAUCCCUGCACUGGACCCAGAGAAGCUCAACGUUUUCAGGACAGUACGGGAGAUCACAGGGUACCUAAACAUCCAGUCCUGGCCUCCUCACAUGCACAACUUCAGUGUUUUUUCCAACCUGACAACCAUCGGGGGCAGAAGCCUCUACAACCGGGGCUUCUCCUUGUUGAUCAUGAAGAACUUGAAUGUCACGUCACUGGGCCUCCGGUCCCUGAAGGAGAUCAGCGCUGGGCGAGUCUACAUAAGUGCCAAUCAGCAGCUCUGCUACCACCACUCUCUGAACUGGACCAGACUGCUCCGGGGGCCUCCGGACGACAGGCUUGAUAUCAAGUAUAAUCGGCCUCGAAGAGACUGUGUGGCAGAGGGUAAAGUGUGUGAUCCACUGUGCUCCUCUGGGGGAUGCUGGGGCCCAGGCCCUGGUCAGUGCUUGUCUUGUCGAAAUUACAGCCGAGAAGGUGUCUGUGUGACUCACUGCAACUUUCUGAAGGGGGAACCUCGUGAGUUCGCUCACGACGGUGAGUGUUUCUCCUGCCACCCCGAGUGCCUACCCAUGGAGGGCGCCAGCACAUGCGAUGGCCCGGGCUCUGACGCUUGUGCUCGAUGUGCCCAUUUUCGAGACGGGCCCCACUGUGUGAACAGCUGCCCCCAUGGAAUCCUAGGUGCCAAGGGUCCGAUCUACAAGUACCCAGACGCUCAGAAUGAAUGUCGGCCCUGCCAUGAGAACUGCACCCAGGGGUGUAAGGGACCAGAACCGCAGGACUGUUUGGGACAAACAGAGGUAUUAAUGAGUAAAACUCAUCUGGCAAUGGCUGGGAUGGUCGGACUGCCUGUGGCUCUCCUGAUUCUGGGAGGCUCCUUUCUCUACUGGCGUGGACGCAGGAUUCAGAAUAAAAGGGCUAUGAGGCGCUACUUGGAACGGGGUGAGAGCAUCGAGCCUCUGGACCCCAGCGAGAAAGCAAACAAAGUCUUGGCCAGAAUCUUCAAAGAGACGGAGCUGAGGAAGCUUAAAGUGUUGGGCUCUGGUGUCUUUGGAACUGUGCACAAGGGGGUUUGGAUCCCUGAGGGUGAAUCCAUCAAGAUUCCAGUCUGCAUUAAAGUCAUCGAAGACAAGAGUGGGCGCCAAAGUUUUCAAUCUGUGACUGAUCAUAUGCUGGCCAUUGGUAGCCUAGACCAUGCCCACAUUGUACGGCUUCUGGGACUAUGCCCAGGAUCAUCUCUGCAGCUUGUCACACAAUACUUGCCUCUGGGCUCCCUCCUUGACUAUGUGAGACAGCACCGUGGGGCCCUGGGGCCUCAGCUGCUGCUCAACUGGGGAGUACAGAUUGCCAAGGGUAUGUAUUACCUGGAGGAACAUAGUAUGGUGCACAGGGACCUCGCUCUCCGGAAUGUGCUGCUCAAGUCACCGAGUCAGGUCCAGGUGGCAGAUUUUGGUGUGGCUGACCUGUUGCCACCGGAAGACAAGCAGUUACUAUACAGUGAGGCCAAGACUCCAAUUAAGUGGAUGGCCCUUGAGUGUAUCCACUUUGGGAAAUACACACACCAGAGUGAUGUCUGGAGUUACGGUGUUACGGUGUGGGAGUUGAUGACUUUCGGGGCAGAGCCCUAUGCGGGGCUGAGACUGGCUGAAAUACCAGACCUGCUAGAGAAGGGGGAGCGGCUAGCACAGCCCCAGAUCUGCACCAUUGACGUCUACAUGGUCAUGGUCAAGUGCUGGAUGAUUGAUGAGAAUAUUCGCCCGACCUUUAAAGAACUAGCCAAUGAGUUCACCAGGAUGGCCCGUGACCCACCACGAUAUCUGGUCAUAAAGAGAGAGAGCGGGCCUGGAAUACCUCCUGGGGCAGAGCCCUCUGCUCUGACGAACAAAGAGCUGGAAGAAGUAGAACUGGAGCCUGAACUGGACCUCGACCUAGACCUGGAGGCAGAGGAGGACAGCCUGGCAACCACACUGGGUUCUGCCCUCAGCUUACCAGUGGGAACGCUUCCCCGGCCACGUGGGAGCCAGAGUCUUUUAAGUCCCUCAUCUGGAUACAUGCCCAUGAACCAGAGUAAUCUCGGGGAGGCUUGUCUGGAUACGGCAGUUUUGGGGGGCAGUGAACAGUGCCCCCGUCCCAUCUCUCUGCACCCAAUUCCACGGGGACGUCUGGCAUCAGAGUCCUCAGAGGGCCAUGUGACUGGCUCUGAGGCUGAACUCCAAGAGAAAGUAUCGGUGUGUAGAAGCCGGAGCCGCAGCCGCAGCCCUCGGCCACGUGGAGACAGUGCCUACCAUUCACAGCGACACAGCCUGCUCACCCCCGUCACCCCGCUGUCCCCACCAGGGUUAGAGGAGGAGGAUGUCAAUGGCUAUGUCAUGCCAGACACACACCUCAAAGGUACACCCUCCUCCCGGGAAGGUACCCUUUCUUCAGUAGGACUCAGUUCUGUGCUGGGUACUGAAGAAGACGACGAAGACGAGGAGUAUGAAUACAUGAACCGGAAGAGAAGGAGCAGCCCACCGCGGCCUCCUAGGCCUGGUUCCCUUGAGGAGCUGGGUUAUGAGUACAUGGAUGUGGGCUCAGACCUCAGUGCCUCUCUGGGCAGUACGCAGAGUUGCCCACUCCAUCCUAUGGCCAUCAUGCCCUCUGCUGGCACAACUCCAGAUGAGGACUAUGAGUAUAUGAACCGUAGGCGGGGUGUGGGUGGUGCCGGGGGGGAUUAUGCAGCCAUGGGGGCCUGCCCAGCAGCUGAACAAGGGUAUGAAGAAAUGCGAGCUUUCCAGGGGCCUGGCCAUCAUGCCCCCCACGUUCGCUAUGCCCGCCUCAAAACUCUGCGUAGUUUAGAAGCCACCGACUCUGCCUUCGACAACCCUGAUUACUGGCAUAGCAGACUUUUCCCCAAAGCUGACGCCCAGAGAACUUAACCUCUGCUCCCGAGACUCUCCGGGAGCAUCUGAUGGCAGCUGGUGCCUCUUGAGGGUACCCCUUCCUCGCCCCCUCCUCCCCCAGGUCCCACUCCCAUUUCUCCAGUCCUGGACAAUGCCAUCCAGUCUUUGGAGACUUGUAAACACAUCCUUACACAAUCCUGUGCUGUGUAGUCAGCUGUGCACUUUCUUCUCGUCCCCAGCCCCAGGGAAGAGAAGGUUUUCCUAUUUGUCUACUUUCCCAAGCCCAUUCCUCAGCUUCCUCAGGGAGACUCCCUGGAGAUAUGAAGGAUCACUCUCUAAGCCCCUUUCUCUCAGGCUCUUACUUGUUAGAGUUAGACUUUGCUUUCGUUUCUCAUCAGACUCUCCUAAGGAAGAGGAGAUGAAAUAGAGCUAGGAGAGGAAAGUAAAAUUUUGGCUCAUGAGACUCUUAAUCCUAUGCAAAGGUUGAGAAGCUUAAAGGUAGGAGUAGAUACCAAUAACUAUGAAUUAAACAUUUACUAUGAGCUAGGCAUCGUCCAGCUGAACUCUGCCUGCACUAUCUCAAUUACAAUCUCUACAAUUUUUGUGAAGCAGAGCUGAUCCUAUUUUACCAAUACAGGAGUCCUCUUGAGAGUUCCAAGAUAGCCAAUAGGUCCCUGAGUCUGUGCAUAGUACUGAAUCCUGUAGUUUUUGUUGUUUGUUUGGUUUUGGUUUUGUUUUUUCAAGACAGGGUUUCUCUGUGUUGUCCUGGCUGUCCUGGAACUCACUCUGUAGACCAGGCUGGCCUCGAGUUCAGAGAUCCUCCUGCCUCUGCUUCCUGAGUGCUGGGAUUAAAGGCAUGUGCCACCAUCGCCCAGCCUAAAAUUCUUUUUUAAAAAUAUUUUAGUUGGUGUACAAAACUGAAUGCUAUAGUUUAGUGCCUUUUACAUCUUACCUAAGAACUUUUCAUCAUGGCCAUAAUUCUUUUAGUUUGAAGUGCCACAGCAAAAGUAAUCCUAAUUUGUCUGUUUUUAUAACUUCAUGGAAUUGCUAUUAUAAAUCUUACCAUAUGAUUUUUUCCCUCAUAUGAAGUCAAGAACUUUCACCUUUUCUCAAAUGAAAAACACUUCUCUUUGGCAUGUCUGAACUGCCAGCAUUACUACUCUUGCAUUCUGGGCCAAUCUGUAGGUAAAAUAAGGGUAUUUGAAUACAAGUACUAUGAUAUCACUGUCAGUCAGUCUAAUAACAAGUGGGUUAUUAGGUGACUAAUGGGCUAUUAACUAAUAACUAAGGUUAUUUGGUAUGGAUGCACUAGGCAAAGAGAUGAUUCAUCUACCAAGUGGGAUAGAAAAGGAUGGUUGUAAUGGUGUACAAUUUAAAUUUUAGGGACUAUUUAUUUCAGGAACUUGUCAUGUAACAUUUUCAGAUUGUAGUUGAUCACAGGUUACUAAAACUGUGGACAGAAAAACCUCAGAUAAUGGGGGACUGAGCCUUGAAGAAAUUAAGCAGCAGGUCCAGGGUUCAAAAUCUUUCAAUUCCAGUGCUUGUACUUUUACUAUAAGGUGUCAGGGAGUACCAUGUCAAGCUCUUGUAAGGGGCGCGCGUGUGUGUGUGUGUGUGUGUGUGUGUGUGUGUGUGUGUGUGUGUGUGUGUGUAUGAAACAGGGUCUCACUCUGUAGACUGGCCUGGAAUUACGUAGCCCAGGAUGGCCUUGAACUGCAAUCCUGUCUCAGCCUCCCAAAGGCUGUAAGUGUGAACUACCAGACUCCUUGUUAAUGCACUGAAUGGAGCAAAUGCCAACGGCCACGUUUCCCUCCAGCACCCUGGCUUCUCAUCUCAGGAAGGGGUGGAGACAACACAGAAGGACAAACAACUGGACGUUUUUGUGUAAGCCAUAGCCCACAUAUGUUGUAGGUGAUAUACACUCCUUACAAGCCAAUUCACAAAGGUUCCGAGACUCGUAUUUUAAGAGCUAUUCUGAACCAGUAAUGAGAAACUUCUGGUGGGAUAGAAAGAGGAUCCAUCUUCAGACCUCAGCCUUCCUGGAUGGGAACUGGGGAAAAAUGUCUUCUUGUACCAUUAAAGUUUUUUGUUUUGUUUUUAUACGUGUCUGAAUAAAAAUGCCAAAGUU